AGCUUGUAUCCCACGACAAUGACCCACAGCAACUGGCUCCAAAGACCAGGACAGGGACACCUGCUCCUCGUGUGUGUAAUCCUCGUCUCUGCAGUAGACGCUUACCACCUCCAGCCCUCCUUCCAGCUACGGGGCAAGGCUCCCAACGCCGUGGACUCAAGAAGCAUUGCUUCCUCUCUGUCGAGGAGAAGACCUGCCAGCCUUCGCAUGCAAGCUAACACGGAAGUUUCCCCGGACUUGAAGUACCUCGUAGUGCAGAAUCGAGUUCCCGUUAACCCCCGCACAACUCCUUGUGCAUGCGGGUCCGGGUUCAUGUAUGAGAGAUGCUGUGGUAGAUGGCACUCUAGCGAGAAUCCUCCCCUUGACCCGGUUGAGCUAAUCCGAGCACGUUACUCCGCAUUUGCCUACUGCCUUCCUGACUUCCUGAUGCGAACAACUGCACGAAAGAGUCCAGAGUACAACACGAACCAGGCCAUGUGGCGUCGCGAGCUCAUUGACUUCUGCCAAUCAUACAGCUUCCAGACCAACGGUGGAGAAAUUCUGGGAGUCAACGUGGAGGAAUGCCAGUUCACAGAGAAGGAUAGAGCAUACGUCCAGUUCCGAGCAAGGAUGUUGGGCCCCGGGUCGAAGUUGGUAGAGUUCUGGGAGAGAAGCGUGCUGGAGAGAAGCAACGCCAAGGGAAGGCAGGGAUGCUGGUACUACUUGAAGGGAUCGCUCCUUGAGUAUCAGGGGCCUCUUAUCUAGACGUGCAAGGGCUGUGCUGAUCUGUGUAUAAAAGAUAUGAUAUCCAA